AUGUUUAUAUGGAGAGCAUGCCACAAUAUGUUGCCAACUAAAUCCAAUCUGUGCAAGAAGAAAGUGCUUGAUUCUCCUUCAUGUCCAAUCUGCCAUCUAGAGGAAGAGAGCACGGAGCAUAUUCUUUGGUAUUGCCCCUCAGCGUCGGAUGUGUGGAGUUGUGGGCCCAUUACGGUACAGAAGAGUAUUUGUGGUAAUGGCCAUUUCAUACAUUUGUUUGAAGACCUGAUUGAUAGAUAUGAGCAACAAGAGUUGGAGCUUUUUGCAGUGAGAGCUACGGCUCAACCAGAGGGGCCGGAAAUUUCUAUACACCACCCACAAGUGAUUCGGUGGCAGCCUCCCCCGGUAAGCUCGAUUAAAGUGAACUGGGAUGCUGCAUUAGACCAACGAAGAUGCUGUGUGGGGCUGGGUGUCCUAGCCAGGGAUGCAGAAGGCAGAUUCUUAAUGGCUUGUGGGAUCAAGAAGAUUAUCGAAGUGGAGCCUACUACUGCAGAAGCUCUAGCUGCACUACAUGCUGUGAUUUUUGCAACAGAGAUGGGCUAUUCGAAUGUUAUAUUUGAGGGAGAUGCUUUUAUGAUUGUGAAUGCAAUAAACUCCAGGGGAAUAUGCGAGAGUAACUAUGGGCAUUUUGUGGAGGAUGUGAAGCGGUUGCUGGGAGAGUUCAAUUUAUCAAGCUUUGUUCAUGUUUCUAGGGGAGCAAACUGUGCGGCCCAUAAUCUAGCAAAAGAAGCUUGUACCCAUGUCGCUGAUAAGCAUUGGUGGCAUUGUAUUCCAUCGUGUAUUGAUGGUAUUAUUAGGAAGGAGGAGACCCCACUUCCCCUUUCUUGA